AUGGGCUUUAGGGCUGGCUCCAUGUGUGCACGCGGUCAGCAGCGCAUCGGCGCACCCCUGCUGUUGUGCUUUCUACUGCUGUCUGGUCCCUGGGAGGGAGUCGAAGGGAAAGGUAACAUAACAGUCAAAGUGUAUAGCUUUUUGCGCAACAAACACAUUGCGAAGCGCCGCUUGGAAUCAGUCACCGCAGGUUUUAACGCCUCUAUACAGUCCCGCAGCUCGACGCUACCGCAGAAUGUGGUGCUUGAGAUCGUCACCCCACCCGAUGAUGGAGUUCCACUCCAAAAGUUUUUGGAAGAAGGUUUGAAGAAGGGAAAGGGGGAACUGCCCAUUGUGCUGGGACCUGUUGGAGACCGGAACACGCUAUCAGUCACUUCAUAUCUCCACAAAGAAAAAAUAGUUGCCUUUUCUCCCAUCACUGGGUCCUUGCUUGUGCGUAAGUGGAGGCAGAACCUGUACUAUCUUACGGCAUCGCCUGCUGCAGAGGUGCUUGCACUAAUUCGUUAUGCAGUGAGUCAAUUGAGGCUUCGGCGACUGGGUUUUAUGUACCUGAAGGGCGUUUCUUUCGGCGAUAAGGAGUAUAAGAUGACGGUUAAGGCAAUGUCGAUGAUGGGUCGUAAAUUGUGCGGUGUUUUUGAAAUAGAUGGCUCUACGAAUGGAAAGCUUUCCAAUGAUGAUUUUCUGGUUGUGUGGAACAGCUUUGCAAGAACACUACCACAAGGUGUGAUUGUCUUCGGUUCGCCAAUUGAUGAAACUCAAAAGUUUGUAGCAUGUGUCGCCUCAGACUACCGCACACGGCAUGCGUACUUGCUACUCCCCUCAACGCUUCAAUUCUUGGUCGCAGAUACGUGGUCCCAAACACUGGAUAUCGCCGGUCGCGCGUACGUCCCUCGUCAGAUAAUAUUAACGGGGGUGACUCCACUCCCAACGGACACGGAAUACAAAGCCAUCCGACGGUUCCAAGAGGACAUCAAAAAGUAUAUGGGGAAAGAAUUCGGUAACAACACAGCACAAACUAAAAAAGGAAGCCGUCAUGUAGAUGACGAUAUUGACGGUGAGAUGAUGGUGUUUGGGUGGAUUGCUGGCGAGGUGCUGUCACGCGCACUGAGUAGCCGUGAGUGGCUUAGAAGUAGGGAAGCGUUCAUCAAGUCAUUGUUCAGCCAGCGUCGGUACGUUAUCGAUGACCUUGUGAUUGGUGAUUUUGGUGGUAAAUGCAUAGGAAGAGCAGGUGAAAGUGGGGCGGCGUGCAAAUGUAAUCAAGGUGGAAAUGUUGUUUACAUGAAAGAGAUGGUAGAGGACUACCGGCUGCAACCCGUGAAUGGGGGGAAAAUGCUACUAAACGCUGCCAAAUGUCAGAGAAGAAUAUUACAACUGUAUGCCCCAUUGAAUGGUAUAAUGUUUCGAUUGGAAGACAAUCCAUUGGCGCAGCGGAUUACAGAGGAAUAUCGCGAUGGCGCCUCCCCCGCUGUUGGAAAGGGCCAAUUGGGUCAAGGUGAUCGCUUCUUUUUGCAUGAACUGAAUUCGACAUCGAGUGCGACAAAGCACAACAUGUUAGAGGAGGUUAAAGAGCGUGUUGUGACGGCCGUGUUCGGUGUUGUGGAUGACGCGCUACUGUCGAUGACAGAUAUGACAUUUAUUGAUCCCAUUCCUCUCAGUCCCAGGUUGAAACACCCCGGAAGGAAUGUGUUGCAUUUGUCUCCAACAAUUGAGCAGCAGAUUUUUGUAAUGGUGGAGCGUGUUGUGGUUCCGAAUUCCUGGGGGAGUGUGCAUGCAAUUGUUCGCAGUAGUGAUGCACGUGGAAUAAAAUCUGUUCUUCGAAAGACUUUUUGGGCACUUGGUGGGUCGCUGGGUGCUUUCGACGAAGUUACCGACGGUGAAAGUGUGAAGAGUUUGUUACCGCAUAGCGGCUUCGUUCUCGUUAUUGGUCUAACUGAAGCUGAUAUUACUGCAAUUGCUGAGCAUCUUGACAAUCACAGGGAAGUGCGUGUAUUUGUGUUAUUCUUCGAUGUGGCACUGCUGUACAGUGAGUUUGUGAAGGUAUUCAAAAAGCAUCCGCAAGCUGCCGAGCGGUUACUAUUCGCAACAAGCCUACCACACUGGGCAGACAACAAUACGACAUCCGAGACGGUUCAGGGAUUUCAAGACGACGUGGGUAAUGAGAGUAAAUGGACUCCACUGGCGCUGCUUGGGUACGUCACUGCCCGCGCUGUGAGCACUGUGCUGCCACGCGCGGGGUAUUUGUCCCCAGAAAUCCUUGCCAAUGCCAUAUACACGCAGUCGGUCAUAGUUGUAGAUGGCAUCCGCUUCCGAACGUUCAGUGCUACAGAGUGUCAAGCAGAUAGUGGGUUUGCAGCUAAAGGGUGUGCUAUAAAUUACGGUGCGACAAGGAUUUCGGUGUGGUCCAUGGCUCGUGUGUUGAACCCUUCCGUACCACCUGUCACCAAGGCAGCAACGCCAUCGAUGCAGUACACCCACCCCAACAAUGGGCUUUCGGCCAGGAAGCUUGCCGGCAUCAUUGUCGGGUCUCUCUUUUUGGUGCUGCUCACGGUGCUGCUUGUAGUGUUGCUUUCCUUUUUUCGCCGCCACGCGCGCGAUAACGAGAACGCACCGAAAGAAUUGACAGACCCCGUAACGCUAAUAUUCACUGACAUCGAUAGCAGCACUGCGCAGUGGGCGGCACACCCCGAGCUUAUGCCUGAUGCCGUUGCAACACAUCACCGCAUAAUUCGCACAUUGAUUUCCAAGUAUGGAUGCUAUGAAGUGAAGACUGUUGGAGAUUCUUUUAUGAUUGCAUGCAAGAGCCCUUUCGCUGCUACGCAAUUAGCGUGUGACAUGCAACGAUGCUUUUUAGAACAUGAUUGGAAGACUGAUGUGUUUGAUACGUCUUAUCGUGAGUUUGAGCGGCAGCGUGCGGAAGGCGAUGGGGAUUAUGUUCCACCCACUGGCCACCUUGACCCUGAUGUUUACAGUCGGUUGUGGAAUGGACUGCGAGUGCGUGUUGGAAUUCACACCGGGUUGUGUGAUAUUCGGCAUGAUGAAGUAACGAAAGGAUAUGACUACUACGGUCGUACAUCGAAUAUGGCAGCACGGACUGGGAGUGUUGCUAACGGUGGGCAGGUGCUGCUGACACGUUCGACAUACCUUGCGGUGACCGGUGGGGAGCGUGAGCAAUUAAAUGUGACUGCAUUGGGUGAUGUGCCAUUGCGUGGUGUACCCAAACCUGUGGAGAUGUACCAAUUGAAUGCGGUGCCCGAAAGGACAUUUGCUGCGCUUCUCCUCGACUGUCAGAUUAUCGAUGGCACUGACGAAGAGAUGAGCACGUCCGCCAGCGACGUGGGUUCCGUUGCCGUUGAAUUGCCUGAAUCGGCUCAACACGUUGCCACUUCGUUAGAGACACUUCUCGGAACCUUCACACCCGCUCAGAGGCAGGCGCUGCUCAUGUCUGUCUGCGAGCGCUGGCGCGUCACGUCGCCCCGGAAGGUCCACGAAGGCUGGGACAACUCCGUGUGUCAUGAUGUUAUAUGCCAUAUUGCAGCAAGGGUGGGUCACGUGGUUAACUUUGGGGCGAGGAACGCCACCGCCACCGCUAGCUCCACUACACGGCAGUCUUCUCUUUGUUCGUAUCGCUCGCUUGGUCUCUGCGGGUAUGGUUCACAUGGGCAGCCAAGCUCUACAAACCAAGAAAACACCAGAAGGGAUGUGCCCCAACCUGCGGGGUCACCUCAUGGAAGCCCCGAACCUUCGACAAGCUCCAGCAACAGUAUCCACGUUUUACCCUUCAACCAAUGCAAGGGCCCAUUUUAA